AGGGAGCCGUUCCGCGCUCAGCCACUAUGUAAUUUUAUCCAUGCCGCUGUCUCUCACUUCACACAGGGCUGAUACCUUUUGCCUCCCCCUUUCCUUUGUAUCAAUUGGUCGAAGUUCAGCCUAUUGUCGCCACAAGCUUCUUUUAUAUCUGCGCUCAGUCUGCGCGCAGGCUCUCAGUUUGCGCCACAGGAGGGCUUUCCAGCAGCAGAGGCGUGGAGGAUCCCGUGCUGUCAGAGUUGCCUGUCGGGCUCGGAUGUGAGCAGGAGCUGGAGUUCUCCAGCGUUGGGGCCCUGACACGUUAAUGGGACCCGGAGGGCUGGGCAGGAUUUCUCCGUUUUUCACCCACAGUUGUCACUCCCCGGCCAUGCCACGAUGCUGAUGAUACCUCUGCUGGUGUUGGUGAGCCUGUUGGAUCCAGCCUGUCCCCGGGCCCUCCGCUGCGCACCGGGCCAGGCUUGCGACCCCCGGCAGCGGAGGGACGCCGGGGGCCGCGGAGGAGUGUAUGAACACCUCGGCGGAGCACCGAGACGCAGAAAACUUUACUGCGCCACCAAAUAUCACCUACAGAUCCAUCCUAACGGGAAAAUAGACGGAUCCCUGGAGGAAAAUAACCCGUUCAGCAUCAUGGAGAUCACAGCAGUGGACGUGGGCGUUGUGGCCAUAAAAGGGCUUUUCUCUGGCAGAUAUCUGGCCAUGAACGAUAAAGGAAGGCUGUAUGCCUCGGAAGUGUUUAACAAAGAGUGUGAAUUUGUGGAGCGCAUCCAUGAGUUGGGGUACAACACCUAUGCAUCCCGCCACCACUCUACGGAGCAGCCUCUGCCAGCGGGAGGAGGCAGCAACAAGCGUCGAGCCAGCGCCAAGAGGCAGUGGUACGUCUCUAUCAACGGCAAAGGCCGGCCACGGCGAGGCUUUAAAACCCGAAGCACUGACAAAGCCUCGCUCUUCCUGCCACGGGUGCUGGCCAACAAGGACCAUGAGAUGGUGAGGAGGCUGAGGGACAAUCAGGGUGCACAUCACCACAUGCAUCACCGUGGGCGGCGUGGGGAACGCAGGAGACGCCGGCAUCGUGCCAGGAAAGGCCGAGGUCGACAGCCAGAUGACUCAGCAGACUUUUAGAGGGAGGACCUGACCUCACGGUCUGGACGUGGACCCUGGAUCUCGGCACAUAUAGGUCGACUGCAAUGGAGGAUGUAGGGAAAUGGCUCGAACCCUGACGCCCUGGAUUAUUGUGGAAGUUUUUGUUGCUGCACAGAGAAAAUAAAAUCCACACAGGAAGGAAAAUUCAAAAGCUGAUUCACAGGCCUCACAUACUCCACCGCUGUUUGAUCGUCUAUUUACUGACUUCAAAACGCCACUGUCUUGUAAACAAAUAUAAUAAAAUAGCUGAAUUAUCCAUUUGUUUUGUAGAAAGAAAGCUCUCUUGUACCAGCCUUUGUUUUGCCAUCAGCUGCACAGCAAGCAGACACCUUGGGAGACUGGUUCUGGUUCUGUAAAUACUUGUUCAGCAGUGUCACACUUCCUCACUUCUUCCCAAACAGAAGGCACAUUUUCCUGUUCUGAAGUGCUGUUAAACACAAUGAUGCUGAAGAGAGGACUUAACAUGGCAAAGCACUUUUAUUAAUCAUAUUUCCAGCAAAACGGAGACCAGCGUGAGACAGAAGCGCUGCCGACUUUCUGACAAUGUGAUAGUCUACUGUCUGUAUGCUGAAAGAAGUACUUUGUAUAUUUUACUAAUAAUAUGAAUAUUUAUUUGGUGCCUGAGUUGUAAGUUAUUGACAUGACUAUUUCUGCAUUUUACUGAUGUUGCUGUUUUGUAGUUUUCUC